AUUCCAACAAUGGCUUGUCGAGACCUGCCUUUACAAACAAUUUACAAAAUUUCCGAAAACUUGUGCAUGUUUCCAGCGUACAAUUUUGCAAAAUCCCAGAUCGAAAAAGCCAGAUUUCGUAAAAUCCAAGGCUGUUUGAUAAUAUUUAUUAUCAUACUUGCAAUAAUAGUUUCGCUCUACAUGAGACAUUAUCACUUUAAAGGCCUGUUCACACCCACUCACCUCACUUUAGAUAACUUGAACGAAUUGUUUUUGACGGGUGUGGCCUUGGGUCUCGUCAUCCGGACUUGUUUCGGAAAAACGGACCACUGGUUCCAAUUACAGUAUAAUUUGCAAACCUUAGAUAAAAUUUUGGGUAAUUGCUCCGAAGAUGGAAAUUUUUGGAAAAAUAUUUACGUACAAUUGAUUUUGUAUGGUUUGAUUUUCGUUUACGGGAUUUAUUACAUGGUACUUAUGAUGGUGGUGGAAAAAGUGGGCUCUUGGAUGGACUUCGUAUACGUGGUCCACGAAUUUUGUUAUUUAUACGACAUCCUGGUCCAUUUUUUGUUCAUAAAUAUUGCGUCAAACUUGCACACUAAAUACAAAUCUAUGAACCGGCUUUUCAAUUUUGCAAAAACAACUGAUUCUUUCCGAAAACUUGGAACAAUAUCGCGAGUUUUGGCCGAAACUGUGCAUGCUUUUAAUACGACUUUUGGAUGGGUUUUCCUUCUAAUAAUUGCGAAAAACGUAAAUCAAAUCCUCCGUUGUUUAAACUACAUUUUGAACAACACCUUCAACUUAUCCAUUUCUAACACAAUCUUAGGAAUCUAUAUUUCGUUAACUCUCGCUUCUAUUAUGUUAUCCUGCGAUUUCGUGGUCACAGAAAGUCGAAAAUCGGUUUUUCUAUGUUUUAAAUUGCAAGAACAAUUCGAGAGUCUUGUCGACCGAAACGAAUUGUUUAAUUUGGGGAAACAACUGGAGGCGAAUACGGUUACUUUCACAGCGGCUGGUUUUUUCGAGAUUAAUCGAAGUGCCCUUUUUGCUAUUUUUGGGACCGUGGCUACGUAUUCUCUCGUCCUGGUCCAGUUUAAUGGCGAUUUCGCGAAUCAACAAAACUGUACCUGCUUGCAAUAAAAUUG